AUGGUUGAGGCGUAUGGCGGCUCGCCUGAAUGGAAGCCUGACUUCUUGUUUGUAAGGGCAUCCAAGAACUAUUGCCUAUCGUGGAACCAUCGAGAAACGGAGGGUCUUGGAGCGAUAAAGGAUAAGUGGACCGAAGAAGACGAUAAGUGCAUCGAGGAGCUUGAUGUGGAUGUGGAGAAAUUCUUGAAAUAUUCUAAGGUCAUGUCUUCAAGUAAUGCUGGUUCUCGAUUGUUUGGUGAAGAAGAUCGCUUUACUAUUGUGAAUUUAGAUGAGGAUGUUUCCAUCACUGCAGCCCUUCGGCAGAAGAAAAAGAAGAAGAGGAUCAUGAAGGCUGGUGACAGAGCGAAAUCCAAGAAGGCCAGAACGAAUGCGCCUUCGAAAGAAACUGCAGCACCAGGCGAUGAAACAGUGCCCCCUGUUACUGAGACUAUUCAAAAUCCUCCUACGAAAACUGGGCCAAGUUUCGUUCCCCCUAGACCAGAGAAAGGCAAGGGCCUCCUCGAGGGAGAGGCGAUUACUCUGCCCCCUCAACUGUUCGAGGGAGGUCCGUCCGUGGCCAUGCACACCUUCAGCAACCCACCGUCUAUCGAGUGUCCUGUCCUCGAGGAAUUCGCUGCUCAGCUAAAUGAGGCCGAUAGUAUGAGACUGAUAAGCGCGGCCUCGAUGGCCUAUCUGGUGCAUCUAAGGAAACUGCAAGAAGACCUGGUCACAGCUCGAUCUGAGAGGGAUGAAGCUUUGUUCGAGGUGGUGACUCUCGAGGAAAAGGCCCGCAAGUCCAAGCUAAGGAGGCCGAGAAUGCCUUGGUACAAGCCAAGAAGGAUGGCCGCGGCACUCGAGGAGAUGAAUUUGGUUGCCACUAAGUGCGGGGUGCACCGGGUUGGUGUAGCAGGUCUGAAGAGGCUCGAUCAGGAUAGACCCAUCAAAGCCAAAUGGUUCAAGCAACUCCUGAUAAAAGACUCAAAGAAGACCAUGCACGAGGUAAUGGUGAAGGUCCUAACGAAGUUGAGCCCCGAACAGCUGCCCCUGUGGGAAGCUCUGACUGGUGCUCUGGCACAAAUGAGGUCUCCGGCAGACAUCGCCUCAUUCCCUAGUGACGUGCCUGCCAUCCUUGCUAGGGGUCCGAGUAAAGAGGACUCCAUACCUGACGUACCAGAUGAGUACAUGGGUAUUAAGCUCGAGGAUGCCAAUGGAGCCACCAAGGAAGAUGUUGCUGACACUGGCCAUUCCGGAGUGCAGAGAAAUGCUGAGGAUGCAUCUCAGAACCACUCCAAGGACCACCCUCUUGGCAGUGAUGCUCAAGAUAGUUGGGCCGUCCACCGUGUUCACCUCAUGGUUCUAUUGGAGGAGCAAUCGAGUGAGUACCCGUUGUACUCCAUGAUCAGCGGGAAUUUAAGAGGUCGUGCCGACGUGCAUAGUAUCAAGACAGUGGCAAACCUAGAGAAUGACUUUCUCGACGCGAUGAGGACACACAAUGUGAAAGUUAAUCAGCAUCUAAUAAAUGAGAUUAAAGGACUUCAUGAGGAGAUGCAGCGUCGGGAGGUUCAAAGUUUGAAAGACUACGGUGAUUCACUGACUUUCGAGACCGAGAUCCAUGAUGAGCUUGUUAUGUUGGAGAAGGAGAAUGCUCGGUUGAGGGAAAGACAACAGAUUACCAUGUCCCCCUGGUUCUUUGAGAAACAUCAAGUGCUAACUCGAGUUCAACAUAUGAUUAUGACCAGAACUUGCCGCUUCAUUGCAGCCAUGGACAUUUUGAAGGAGAAAACCCGUGAGAUCGAGCUUUUUACGGAUUACAAUGCCAAACUGCAAAAUCUGUUACUAAAUAACAACAUUGAUUUCGAGGUUUAUGAGCACCCAGAGGAAACGGUGCAUCCUCAAACUCGAAGUUCUCGAGAAGAUUUAUUAAUGAGGGUGCAUGCCCAAGAUCAAGAGAUCGUGGAUCUUAAGGACAAGCUUAACCAAUGUGUGAAUCUCCUGAGGGGAUUAUUCAUCCUUCUCCUGACAAUCCUAUCAGGGAAGUCCUUGUAA